GAGUGCUUUGUCACAGUCUCGCUCCUCAGCAUUGGGCCGUGGCGUUACCGAGGCUGCGUUAGCCGCUAACGGUUGUUUGUCCGAUGAAGAUGGCCGCAGAUCCUCUCUCUGUUUCUUCUAACCAGUCCAACAACGAUGGCAUCCUCAUCGGUGACAAACUAUACUCGGAAGUUUACCUAACGAUAGACAACUCGGUGAUACCAGAUGAAAGGCUCUCACCAACACCCUCUAUGCUCGACGGCCUCGACCUGAACACCGAAACCGACCUCCGUAUCCUUGGCUGUGAACUGAUUCAGUCGGCGGGUAUUCUCCUACGGUUACCUCAGGUGGCCAUGGCAACGGGGCAGGUCCUUUUCCAUCGGUUCUUCUACUCCAAGUCCUUCGUUAAGCACAGUUUCGAGAUUGUUGCAAUGGCUUGUAUCAACUUGGCCUCAAAGAUCGAAGAGGCACCACGACGAAUACGAGACGUCAUCAAUGUUUUUCAUCACCUCAGACAGCUUAGAGGCAAAAAGACUCCAAGUCCAUUGAUACUUGAUCAGAACUACAUAAAUACCAAAAACCAAGUCAUCAAGGCAGAGCGACGAGUCUUGAAGGAACUGGGCUUCUGUGUGCAUGUCAAGCAUCCACACAAGAUUGUUGUUAUGUACCUUCAGUUCCUGGAAUGUGAGAAGAACCAGACUCUCGUCCAAACAGCCUGGAACUACAUGAACGACAGCCUGAGGACGAAUGUGUUUGUGCGGUUCCAGCCUGAAACCAUCGCCUGUGCCUGCAUGUACCUCGCUGCCCGAGCCCUGCAGAUUCCCCUGCCAACCAGGCCUCAUUGGUAUUUGCUGUUUGGAGCCACAGAAGAAGAGAUUAAAGAGAUCUGCAUUACAACCCUGAAACUCUACACCAGGAAAAAGCCUAAUUAUGAGCAGCUCGAAAAAGAGGUGGAGCGACGGAAGGUGUUCUUAGCAGAGGCCAAACUGAAGGCAAAGGGCCUGAACCCGGAUGGUACACCUGCUCUGUCUGCUAUAGGAGGCUUCUCUCCUGCCUCCAAGCCCUGCUCCCCAAAUGUGGUUAAAGUGGAGGAGAAAUCCCCAAAUCCUCAGACCAACAAACCGAUAAAGAAGGAGACAGACAGCCGCACUCAGGUCAACAAGAGUCCACAUAAUGGACUGAGGAAAGAAGGAAAGAUCGGACGGACUAGUAGAAGUGGAAGUCGUUCGCGUUCAAGAACACGAUCACGGUCAAGAUCUCCAUCUCAUCGCAGACAUUACAACAGCAGACGCAGUCGCUCAGGGACGUACAGCUCUCGGUCACGCUCGCGCUCUCACAGUCGAAGCCCGCUGCUCCAUCGACACCCGCCCUCACCACUUCUGCCUCAUCUCAAGUCCAAGUCCAGUCACCAUGGGAAUAGCGACUCCAAACUCAGCGGGCGCCAUAGCAACAGCGGAGGAGGUGGUUCUGGUCACAAGAGGAAACGCUCUCGGUCACGAUCCCGCACUCCCGUCAAAGCGGACAGGGACAGAGAGAGAGAGCGGGACAGAGAGAGAGACCGCUCUUUUGAUUUCUCCUCAAAGAAACACAAACAUGAGCGGGGAGGCAGCCAUCGUGACCGAAGGGAGAGGUCAAGGUCUUAUGAAAGGGACCGGGAGCGUAGCCACAAGAGCAAACACCACAGCAGCAGCGGACACUCAGGACACAGCCGCCACCGGCGCUAAGAGACUGUCCCAAAGAGAUGAGCCCCGGGGCUGACCGCCACCAACCACUUCCACAUGUUCUCCUAAUUAUGGCGACUAUUAAGAUCUCUCGUCAAUUUGUCAGGAGAUAAAGAUUAGCAAAAGGAAUUGUUGACCCAAAAAUUUAAAAUAACCAAAAGUUGAAGAAAAUCCUGGGUUAACAGUUUGGCGAAUCAAGUAUUAAAACCAGUGUACUAUAACUGGGAGAACAUGUGAG